CCUAAAUCAAUUGAUUCUAUACUUGACAUCAUUUGAAUAAAAAAGAAAUUGGUUUUUAGCUCUCUCUCUCUCUCUUUCUCUCUUUCUCUCUUUCUAUCUCUCUAUCUCUCUUUUCUUCCUAUUUCUUGACCAAUUCCUACUCUCUAUCAUUUUUUUAGCUGUGUAUAACAUAUACAUAAAUCGAAAUGUCGGCAGGUCCAAAAGAUUUUGAUUACAUGAACAACACUUUUACACAAUACAAUCAACACACAAAAGAUGACUAUGGCCUUGAACUUGAUGCUGCAAAAGAGCUAGAAGACUACCAAGAAUCAAAGUGGCACCGAGAUGGAUUCUAUAACAAUGGCAUUGAUGACAUGGCCUAUAAUAGCGAAAAUGAAUACUCUUCAGAAGAAAAAUCGCUAGUACGGAAGAUUGAUUGGAUGCUUAUGCCCAUCAUUUGUACACUUGAUUUCUUGCAAUUCUUAGACAAAUCCACUAUUAACUAUGCUGCCUUGAUGGGAUUCAAGGAAGAUAUCGGCUUGGUCGGAAGUCAAUACAGUUUAUUGGGAUCUCUCUUUUACUUGGGCUACCUCGUCUUUCAGUUACCCAAUAACUAUCUACUUCAGCGUAUUCCUAUCGGUAAAUACAUUGGCAUUAUUGUUGUCAUUUGGGGUACUAUCUUAUUAUGUACUGCUUGGGGUCACAAUUUUAGUCAAGUUGCUGCCUUGAGAUUCUUGCUUGGUUUUUUUGAAGCCGGAAUCUAUCCAUCGUUAACUUUGCUUGUCAGUACAUUCUAUAGAAGAUCUGAACAAGUAGCUCGCCUUGGUGCUUUCUGGAUCUGUAACGGUUUUGCUCUUGUUGUUGGUGGCCUCAUUGCAUACGGUAUCAGCCAUAUGACAAAUAUUGGAGGACUCAAGGCAUGGCAAUGGGUCAUGAUUAUUCUUGGCGGCUGUACUAUUCUCGUUGGUAUCACUGCUUUCUUCUUCUUGAUUGAUUCACCCAAAGCUCAAGCUUUGCAAUUAAAUGCUGAGCAAGAAAUGUUGGUAGAAGAACGAACCAGAGACAACGCUACGGUUCGUACGACUGAAAUUAAAUAUGAGCAAAUUUUGGAAGCUAUCAAGGAAGUCCGCUUCUGGUGUUUCUGUUUCGCCUGUUUGUUCAUUAAUCUUCAAAAUGGUGCCAUGACUAUCUAUAAUGGUCAAAUUGCUGCCAGUUUUGGUUUUGAUCAAUUGCAAUCCAUGUUGCUUAGUACUGGUACUGGUGGAUCUACUAUUCUCUUUAUUGUAAUCGGUAUUGUACUUGUUCAAAAGUACCAUCAAACUAUCUACACUGCUUGCUUCCUCAUGUGCUUUGAUGUUCUCGGUCUGCUUCUUUUGCUUGUGAUUCCUAUGGAUAAAGCUAAAAUUCUCGGCUUUUUCCUUUCGUGGUCUUAUGUUGCUGUUUAUGUACUCAUGGUUACUUGCAUCUCCAACAACGUAACAGGUUACACUAAAAAAAUCUUUUACAAUGGCAUUUUGAUGAUCUUUUACACUAUUGGUAACUUUGUGGGCCCUCUCAUGAUGACAAGCCCUCCUUAUCUUGCUGGUAUGAUAGGUUACUUGGUAGCUGGUGUCCUGGUAAUCUCACUUUUACUCAUUGCUCGCUGGAGAAUGGCCGUUGUAAACCGUCGCCGUCUCUUAUUAUUGAACAACAGCACUGCCAAUAGUAUGGCAGCUGUUGCUCAUAACUAUGAUCUUGAUGAUAUUAGUGACGAGCAAGACCAAACUUUUAUCUAUUUGCUUUAAUAACCCCAUUAAAAGUUUAUAUACGUUUAUCGAUACCUUUUAAUUUACUACUGCUUUGUAGCGACACAUCGCGAGCUCACUAAUGAACUUUUUUUUUCUUUCAAUAAAUACACAUACAUGCUGUGCACCCAA